CAUUUGUAAUCAUGUCACCAUAAAUCUAUCAAGCCAAAUAUUAAACAAUUAUUUGACACCUUCAAUGCCUUUAAAUACAUAGCAAUAACUCCUGUAAUAAAUGCUCUUGUUCAACUGAAAGAAGACAUAGGCACUAACUUUGAGCUUUUGCUUUUUAAUCAAAAAAAAUGGAAGAGGGGAGAGUCGGUUUCAUACAAGAAUCUUUGAGGGGUUUUCUUAAGUGUUUAGGGUUAGAGAGUGGAGGAGGAAAAGACCCUGCUCCCGUUGAAGGAGAGAUUCUGGAUAACCCUCCACCACCACAACCACCAGUUAAUCCGACAGCACAAACCACUUAUGAAUCCCUACCCUCUGUAGAUGAUCCAUCUACCACCGAUCCACUCGUUGAAGCUCUGACGUCAUCUAUUGAGAAGCCUUUAGUGUCGACAAGGGAUAUUGGUGGUGAUGAGAGUAAUUUCAGUAUGGUUACUAUAGAUGAAAUUAUGAACACAAGUGGUGGCACAACCGCUGAAGCACAUUAUGUUGAGCUAAUGGACAAUGGUACAACCAAUAUGAGCCUCCUUACUACUCGUCUAAUUAGCAGCGGGGGUGGAGGAAAAAACCAUUAAAGCAUCAAAACCACCAAAAAACAACGAUGGUGACAUGCCGUGGUGAUGCAUGGUAAGACCAAUAUAUUAUAUAUGGCCACUAAUAAAUUACAGUACGUUUGUUGGUCUUGUGAUCAUCAGUCAUUUCACAUCAUCACAUGUAUAUGUAUGUCCAGGUUAUAAUAUGGUUUCUUUUUCGUAUGUGUGUUUUGGUACUAUUCAUGUCUUUAUAUUCUGGUUUGUAAACUUUGGUAGCUAAUGUAAAUUUAAUAUUCUUAAUUUUGAUUGUGUAGAUAUCCAAAUAAAAGAUAAUAAACUGGUGAUGAUAGUGUGGUUACAUAUUUUUUGCAUGAUAGUUAUAUGUACAUUUUCAUCCAAAAU